AUGGGCGUCUCACGAAGUGCAACACUUGUAAUUGCCUAUCUGAUGAUCGAUGGACGUAAGACACUCGGUGAAGCUUUUCUUCAAGUGAAAAGUGCUCGGCCACAAAUCGAUCCAAACGAAGGCUUUAUCCGACAACUACGUGAUCUAGAAAGAUCGUUAUUUCAUCAAACAAUGACUUUAGAACGUAUCUCAUAUCAAGAUACAAGCAUUGAUGAAUCGCCUCGAAUCGUUUUGGAUCGCGUGCUCGUCGUACUUCAAGAUUUCACUGUAGCCUUUGCUGACGACGCAUCUAUUCAAACACUUGAUAUGCUUAAAGAAAAACUUCUGACAAUGAUGGACAAAGUUAAACACAAUCACAUGACCGAUCUAGUUGCUAAUGCAAUCUGUAGAUAUUUGCGAAUGUUUGGAAAGGAUGACCCAUUUGAUCGGCAAGCAAGAAUUGGCUUACAAAAAGGACUUUCUGCUUUGUGUACAUUUUACAGUAUCGAACUUAUCGAUUGCAUCGACAAGUUUAUGCUUACAGAAGAAUGGAGACAUCUGUGCGUUGACGUACCGCUAGUCAAUCAAUGGAUCAGUGAUUUACGAAAUGACAAUGUUUCCAUCGAUAUGUAA